UUUCCACCCCCCCCCCCCCAAACCUUGUUUCCUCUUCUGCAUUGGCGUUAUUUUUGUCCAAUCACAGAAAACGAAUGGAGUUUUACUGCUUGCAUUCUCUGCUUGCAUUUUCUGUGCAAAGCAUGACUCGGCUCGGCUCGAGUCAAGCCAAUCCAAGCCAGUUCAUUCCGAGUCGGAUCAUUUGACAGCCAGCAUAGAGCUGCUGCUGCUACACUUGAAAAAAUGCAGUGCAUUUUUAAGCGCAAUUAUUUUUUGUUUUUUUUUUACUCGUUGCAUGAAUGUGUCGCGGUUUGAUUCCUUUGAAAUCAAUACAAGCUUUUCUUCCUUGCUUCAAUUUAACGUCAUCUCUCUCGAAUUUACGACUCCUCGCUCAUUCUAAACACCUCUCUCUUCCUUUAACCCCUUCACCCUUUCUCCCCUCUUUUUUUAUUUAAGCAUACAGCACAAAAAUGACUAGAGCACAGCAGGUCGCUACGACGCUCGCAAUUGCCGGCGGUAUUUGGUUCCUCGGGCUCAUCGGUCUGCUUCCGCUGUCAGAAACUGUAAAGUCGGAGGUUUGGCCCGCUCUGCCUUUGGUCGCGCUGGUGUCGCUGGGCGCGUAUGCCUUUAUUAACAUUGGCUACAAUCUGUUGGUCUUCCGCGAGUGCCCCGAGGCGUACCAGGAGCUGAUGCAGGAGAUCCAGGAGGCCAAGGACGACCUGCGCACGAAGAAUGUUGAUAUCGCAUAAGUUGGCUCUAAUUGUUAUUGAUUGUUCUUAAUACACACACAUUUCUGCACUUUUUAUUUUUAAUGGCUGGUCUGGUUCUGGGGGUUUCCAGAGUCAGACCCAAAAAGAGGAGAAAAAGUGACUCUGACAAAUUCGUGUUUAUUUUAUUCUAUCAGAGUGUGAGAGUCGGAUACGACUACCGAAAAAUUCAAUGUUUUUACUUUUAUUUUUAUUUUAUCAUUAUUUUUACUGUGUAUGUGACCACAUAAAGAAAAGAAGAAGAAAAAACAGCCUUGCAUGUUGUUUGUUAUUGUUGGGAAUUUUCUUGUUUUUUUAUUUGUUCGUUCUCACUCUCUUUUUUAAUAUUUUUAUCUGGUCUUUUAUCGCCUUUUAUAUCUCGAGAGGGAGUUUUUAUUGCUAACGAA